AUGGAACGUCAAAUCAGUCCGGCGUCGAGCAUCGAAGAAGACUACCAGAAGAUCUACGAAGCAGCUAUACGCGAUCGCCUUCCGAAUGGACUUGAGGCACUUGCUGCACGGAAGGAACUCAAACGCCACCACAGACACCUGCAUAUCUCGCAACUGGACCCCGAGCUGACGACAAUUGCAACGAGAAGAUCGAAGGAUAUGGGGAUCACACCAAAAUCUCUCGCUGAUAUCGACUCUCGACUGGACCCUGAAAAUGAGGAAUUCGAUUUUCGAUUCUGGGCCUCAACCUUAGUUCAGAUGGUCAGAGAAGAUGGCAACAAGCGAAGCAACAUUGGAGUUUGCUUCAAAUCACUCACUGUCUGCGGCACAGGGUCCAGUCUAGCUUUGCAGCCAGCUGUCGCAAGUCCAUGGCUUGAUGUUGCCCGACUUCCGAUGUUUGUGACGAGACGCAAACCAGACCCCAGAGCGAUCCUCCAUAAUUGCAAUGGCUACGUGAAAGUGGACAUCUUCAUCAAGAACUUCAGAGGAAAGGCAGUCUACAAUUAA